AGUAGACAGACCUCCCUCUCUGGCCCGCCCGCUCGAGUCCAGCUCGCGUUUCCCUUUUCGCGCGCGCACUCUCUGGCACAUCACAUACAUAACCAGAGCAGACAGCCGCCCCGAACGAGCUGUCGUGUCUGCCGUCCGUCCGUCCGUCCGUCCUCUUGCCUCGCCCUUCUUGCCCCCGCGAAAGGUUUGCUCGCUCACCGCCGUCCGUUCGCCUCGCAGAACCAGUCUGUCCGGCCGUUUCCCUCUGCGCUGUCCUCCCCCCUUGCUGGUCGUCGCGCGCUGCUACAUAUUCCGUACCGUCCAUCGCCGUAGUCGUCGUCGUUGCGGCUAGAGAUCGCUUCUUCCCCCACGACCCAACGCCUCGCGGCAACAGGAGCCCGCCACCCAUCAUGGCCGACCUGCAGGGACGCAAGGUCUUCAAGGUCUUCAACCAGGACUUUAUUGUCGACGAGCGCUACACGGUGACCAAGGAGCUUGGCCAGGGCGCUUACGGUAUCGUCUGCGCCGCCGUGAACAACCAGAGCAACGAGGGCGUCGCCAUCAAGAAGGUCACCAAUGUUUUUAGUAAAAAGAUCCUCGCCAAGCGCGCCCUGCGCGAGAUCAAGCUGCUGCAGCACUUUAGAGGGCACCGCAACAUUACGUGCUUGUACGACAUGGACAUUCCUCGACCGGACAACUUCAACGAGACAUAUCUCUACGAGGAGCUGAUGGAGUGCGACCUUGCCGCCAUUAUCCGCUCCGGCCAGCCCUUGACCGACGCUCACUUCCAGUCCUUCAUCUACCAGAUCCUCUGCGGUCUCAAGUACAUUCAUUCUGCGAACGUCCUGCACCGCGACCUCAAGCCUGGCAACCUGCUGGUCAACGCCGACUGUGAGCUCAAGAUCUGCGACUUUGGCCUGGCGCGAGGUUUCUCGGUCGAUCCCGAGGAGAAUGCCGGGUAUAUGACCGAGUAUGUCGCCACGCGAUGGUAUCGCGCUCCCGAAAUCAUGCUCAGCUUCCAGAGCUAUACCAAAGCCAUUGACGUCUGGUCGGUGGGUUGCAUCCUUGCCGAGCUUCUGGGCGGGCGGCCAUUCUUCAAGGGUCGCGACUACGUCGACCAGCUCAACCAGAUCCUGCACAUUCUCGGCACCCCCAACGAAGAGACUCUGUCGCGCAUAGGAUCGCCACGGGCCCAGGAAUACGUCCGAAACCUGCCCUUCAUGCCCAAGAAGGCCUUCCCUAGCCUGUUCCCCAACGCCAACCCCGACGCCCUCGACCUCCUCGACAAGAUGCUCGCCUUUGACCCGUCCUCACGCAUCAGCGUCGAGCAGGCACUCGAGCAUCCGUACCUCCACAUCUGGCACGACGCCUCGGACGAGCCCGACUGCCCGACGACGUUCAAUUUCGACUUCGAGGUCAUCGACGACGUGGGCGAGAUGCGUCGCGUGAUCCUCGAGGAGGUGAUGCGCUUUCGCCAGACGGUGAGGACGCUGCCGGGAGCCGCUGGCGCCUUGCCCGGCCUGGGCCAGCAGACGGGUGCCGGACAGGUGCCCCUUCCGCAGCAGGGCGGCCAGUGGACGGCCGAGGACCCGAGGCCGCAAGAAUAUAUACCUCACGGCGGCAACGGACUCGAGCAGGACCUCCAGGCCGGGCUGGACUCGCGGAGGUAAGGCCGUACGUGGGCAGUGUUAGCUUGGGGCGACGGCGGUUUGAGGUUUAGCGCACAAACGAGGAGAGAAGAGAUGCACAAGCAACGGCUGGCUUGCGGGUGGCAACGAAUAAAAAAGCGAAUUUCCGUCAGGAGAUGUUUUGUGUUGCGAGUGGGCACCAGCGGCUGUAUGAUGCUAUAUUUUCUGAGUGAUGGCAAUUUAGGGGGGACAGCGUCUUGGCCGUUAGCAGCUCGCACA